AUGGCCCUACCCACCGAUUACACUCGAAACAAGUACAUUGCAAUUAUCUUUAAGCGAGAUUCCUCCUACAUACGUGAUCCGUCUUCUCUGCUCGUGACCUCAGUUGCUCGAUCUGGUGGCAUGGAAUACGUCGGACAGGUUGGCCAGUUGCAAGAAGCACAUUUGUACAGUAUGCCACUGGCCAAUUGGGAGGGAUUCGAUAUCAACGUGCUCAGAACCGUCGAUGGAAUCUCAUCUGCAGAGGUUCAAGAGCCGAGGAUGCGGGCCAAGCGGGGUGGGACCCUAUCCCCCUUGCCAGAGGCCGUCACGCCUAGCCUAGCCCGCCUGACCCAAUCUAACCAUUCUUCGUA